AUGCCACUAUUCAAAAAGAAGGAGGACGAUGGGCUUCUUACCCCAAAUCUGGUUAGCUCUCGAAAACCUGAUGACACACAAGGCACAGGUAAACUGGGAAAGUGGAAGGCGAUGUUCAAAACCGGCAACAAGAGCCAUCUGGAUAACCUUGUCCCUAGCUUAUCCAGUCUUCAGAUACAAGAAAGGGUACAACAUAAAGGUAAGCGAGUCUCAACAAUCGCAGACUCUGAUUCUGGAGAAAGUUCCUCCGAGAGCGAUUCUGAUGCAGAGACGUAUUCCGAAUCAGACACACUGCUGAAGUCAAUAUCCGAUGAGGAAGAAGAAGAAGAGACAGGGGAGGAUUCGGAACUUGAUUAUUCACAUUUGCAUUACAUAAAAGAGAGAAGCAAACCUUCAGCAUAUUUGCAGUCGCAACUCUCUAAUAUUAUUUCUUAUUGCGGACUUUCAACGAGCACCAGCAAUCUACAUGAAAUAGCAAAUGAAGAGCUGAAAAAAACUUAUUCUUUACUCGAUAAUAAUGUCAAGAUACAUAGACUCUCAUCUUCCACGAAAAAAAACGACCCACGCUUAUUCGAAUCUGUUAUUGGCCAAGAACAGGUUAUACUAAUCGAGAAGCUAAAAGCAAAAUUUUUGACCUUAGUAAAUGCACAGAAUGAUUUGGGGAAGCAGAAAGAGUAUGUUGUAGGGUCUAAGACUCUUUUCGAUAGGUAUGGUGCAGUUAGAGAUGUUAUUGGAAGAGGUGCGUAUGGUUUGAUUAAAGUUGUUGAUCCUCACCCGGAUAAGAAAUCACCACCAUAUUAUGGAAAUGAAAUAUAUGCAGUUAAAGAACUCAUGAAACGGCAGGGAGACGCUAAAAAGGAAGGGCCGAAAGCUUUCAUUGAAAGGGUUCUUUCGGAAUUUAUCAUUUCUUCGACUUUAAACAAUAAACAUAUUGUAAAAAGUGUUGAUUUGAUGAUCAGCUUGGGAUGUCCCACUAAUAACUACAAACUCAGUCAGGUAAUGGAGUGCUCAUCAGGAAGUGAUUUGUUUUCUUAUGCAAACAACGCUAAUGAUAAAUCGGGACACAGAAUCUCCUAUAUUCCUCAAGAAGAUCUUGAUUGCUUCGUGAAGCAAAUUGCCAAAGGAUUGAAAUACAUGCAUAAUCAUGGAGUUGCUCAUUGUGACUUAAAACUCGAAAAUAUUUUAAUAAGUUACCUUCCUCCGGAGCAGGAUCUGACCAGAACGAAGAUUGUUCUUAAGAUUUCUGACUUCGGAAAAUCUAAUGUAUUUCGUACCUCGUGGGACGAGAAGGAAGAACUUUUCCCAUAUGCAGCCGGUCCAAUUGGUUCAGCACCUUAUAUAGCCCCAGAGGAAUAUCGAGGUAGUUUAUCCCAGUAUAAGAAUAUGGGGUAUUCGUUGCAAGCCAAAGAUUGUUGGGCAUUAGGGAUAAUUGCACUCAUACUUUUCAACAUCAGACAUCAUAAAUAUGGAAUCAAAACACACAAUGACGCCAGUCGUACUGAAAAUCCCAAUGAAGAGGAUGACGAUGGACGAGUCCUUGACUCUUAUAGCUCUGGCUAUUUAUGGAAGACGACCGAAUUUAAAUCGAUAGGAAAGGAUAAAGUGGUAAAAUAUAAAGAUAAAGUAUUUGAUGAAUACGUUAGGACUCGCACGAAUUCAGAUUACGACCCUCACACUAAAGAAUGGACCAUUAAAAGAGAGGGAACUUUCAAACCUAUUGAAGAAAUCUUUUUGACUCUUCCACAUGACAAACUCUUAAGGAAGUCUCAUACUUAUAAAAAUACUGAGCAUUUGCAUGGACACUCGGAUGAAAUAUCCAACGAGGACGAAUUGAACGAAUUGAGAAAAUUGUUCAUAUAUAAGUUGUUGGAUACUGUUCCGACUAAAAGGCUUUCAGUCGAUCAAUUUUUGAAGGGAGAUUGGAUGAUUGGAGUUGAUAGUUGUACCUGA